AUGAAUGUCACACAGACCGAAUGGCUGGCUGGCUGGCUGGCUGGCUUCUGCUCACUCUCUGGCCGAGCAAGCCUCGAUCGAUCGGAGUCGCAUUUCCCACGCGCGUCUACGCACCUCCACAGCCCACGGCCGGAUGAACCUCCUGCUGAACAGUCGCAAGUGGCGAGUGCAUCGGGCUUCCCGCAGCGGCUUGCUUGCAUGUCACUUUCAUGCUGGCUGCUAAGGUUUUUGUUGAUUGUAGGCGCGAAAUAUGAGCUUGCUGGUCUGUACGGUACCACCCCAGCUGCAGUGAUGGUCGGAUGUUUAGGGAUCCGAGCAGAUGGACGCUCGAUGGCCAAGAGGGGUGCGGAGCACACGUUUGCGCAGAUCGAGAGUGCCUCGGGCAGCGCAUGAGGUGCGUUCGAACUUGGUACGCCUCUCGGGGGCCCACCACGGGCCUUGCGCAUACAGUACCUAGCACAUCAUCAACUCCUGCGUUCGGACUGACAGCAUCAAAGUAGCCCGAGGGGGAUUUGAAGCCCGCUUCAGAGAUGAACUCAUGCGCGGCAGCAAGUCACGAACGGCAAGCUCGGCUAGCUGAUUCUCCCCCGAAAAGCCUGGACCUCGCGCAAGGGGCGAUGCGAUCCUGUGUGGUACACUUUGUAUUGUAUAGGGACGUACCACGGAGCCACCCGGAGUGCAUCUAUUGCUCAUCGUCUGCUUGCUUCAGGCGAGCGUCGCUUGAAUCAAAACCUCGCACGGGCCGCAGCAAGCUUGCACACAGACACUCACACCCCUGGCUCGAAAGCCGAGCGCUCGAAUAGAUGGCAGGAAUGAUGGAG